UUUCAGAUCUUUUGAAUCUUUAUAAGACUCAAUGAAACACCCUCCAUUGAGAUUAAAAAAAACAGAGCGGGAGAGAGAGCUUUGGAGUCACCAUGUCUGAAAUAGUCAGCGAGGCUUGGAGAAAAUAUCUCAUACAGCUUCAAUCCCACCCUCUCAGAACUAAGGCAAUUACAUCAGGAGUUUUAGCUGGGUGCAGUGAUGCAAUAGCCCAGAAGAUUUCUGGGAUCAAAAAGCUUCAACUGAGAAGACUGCUUCUUAUAAUGCUGUAUGGUUUCGCAUAUGCGGGACCAUUUGGGCACUUCCUCCACAAAUUGAUGGAUGUAAUAUUUAAGGGAAAGAAGGACAACAAAACGAUCGCAAAGAAGGUUUUGGUGGAACAAUUAACUUCGUCUCCUUGGAACAACAUGGUUUUCAUGACGUACUAUGGCUUGGUUAUUGAAGGAAGACCAUGGAAUUUAGUCAGGAGCAAAGUUCGAAAGGACUAUCCUUCUAUCCAAUUGACCGCAUGGAAGUUUUGGCCUAUUGUUGGUUGGGUGAAUUACCAAUAUAUGCCUCUGCAGUUUCGUGUCUUGUUUCACAGCUUUGUUGCCUCAUGCUGGGCAAUCUUUCUUAAUCUGAAGGCUAGAUCGGCGGUAAUCAAGCAGGCAUAGAAAACAUAAUCGCUUUGAUUCGAAAUUUGACUCUUGUAUUGUGAAAAUGGUUUCCUCAAUUAUUAUCCUUUGUAUAAGUGGCUAGCUGCAUUGGUACUGUAAAACUUCACUUUCUGAAGGUCACACUGUUUCAGAUGAUUUUGAAACAAAAUUAUUUUCUGAUUAUUGUAUUCCAAAAUCUGCAAUUCCGCAUGAUCGUCAGUUAACAAACAAUUUUUAUGUUGAAA